AUGCCUCCAGGCCCAUUCCCAAUCCCAAUCUUGGGUAACAUUCAUCAAUUGGGAAGGAUGCCUCAUAAGUCACUUAAGGCAUUCUCUGAGAAGUAUGGUGGAUUGACCACAUUCUUCUUGGGAAGUGUACCAUCCGUUCUUGUCAGUGAUCCAACACUGCUCAAGGAAUUGAUCAUCUACAAGUCCGAACAAAUCAUUGAUAGAUACAACACUGAUUCAGCUCAAAUCAUUGGCAGGGAGAAGAACCUGUUGUUUGCCAAGGGACCAUUCUGGAAGAAGUAUAGAAAGCUAUUCACCAAUGCCAUGACCAAGGCCAGAACACACAACAUUGCAUCCAGAAUUGAGCAACAAGCCAUUGCCCUCAACAACUUCUUUGGAACAUACGCCGCAUCAGGUCAACCAUUGAAUCCACAUAACUAUAUCAGAAGAUACAGUUUGAAUGGAGUUAUUGACUACUCAUUCUCGGACUUUGUAGAGUAUGAAUCAGAGUCUGAUCACAUUGUUAUCAAGGCCGCUGAGAUUAUGGAGGAAAUUCUUGCCACGGGUAAUCCACAUGAUUACAUCCCAUUCCUGAAGCCAUUCUACAGUGCCAAGAGAAAGGCUUUGGGUGAUGCCGUCGGCCAAGUGUGGACCUACUGUGAUGACGCCAUCAAGUUGCACAGACAAACACUCAACCCCGAGAAGCCACGUGACCUGCUCGAUUGUAUCCUGAUGGAGUGGGACAAGUCCGAUGAGAAGGAGUUCUACGAGGACGAGAGUCUUGCCAAGUGUCUGACCGAUCUGAUCGUCGCUGGCCACGAGACUGUCGCCAUCACCCUCGGCUGGUUGAUCAUCUUCAUGGCCAACAACCAGGACAUGCAGGAGAAGGUGUACGAGGAGCUGAUCAACGUCGUGGGCAAGGGCAACCUGCCCACCCUCAUCCACAGAAACUCGACCACAUACCUCAACGCCGUCCUCAAGGAGACGAUGAGAAUCAGAACCGCUGCACCUCUCGCCCUCCCAAGAUGCGCCGUUGAGGACAUCCAGCUCGGUGGCUACGUCAUCCCCAAGGGCACCCAGGUGUUGAUGGCCGUCUACGGUCUGGCCAUGGACGACAAGCAUUGGGAGAGUCCAGAGACCUUCAACCCAGACAGAUGGAGCAAGGAAUCGUCGUCCACUGACUACACCUACAUUCCAUUCGGUCUUGGACCACGUAUGUGUGUUGGUAUGGGUGUUGCCAAGGAUGAGUUGUACUAUGCCGCCUCUCAAAUGUUGAUGAACUUUAAGUGGAGCAGCACUGAUGGCAAGCAAUUGGAUGAUGAAGGAGUUGCCAGAAUCGCCUUGGAGUACAAGCAGUACAACAUCAAGGUUGAGAACAGAGCAUGA